UCAACUCAGUUGUGUGUCGUGCUGCACCUCGCACUGAAGAAAUUUCAUGACCGAGAAGAUGGCCGAAGAAGGUGGUGCUUCUACUGCUGCUGAAUCCAGUGGGAUUAUCAAGUUUAAGGAUAAUUUUGUGAAGAUCACUAAGAAUCAUAAGAAAACCAUUUUCCUCGUUUCGAAGGGACUUGAACUGUUUCUCAUCUUCGUAGCAGCGACAAUAGAGGGUUACAAAUCAUUUUUCGGCCAUAAUUCACAAUCAAGUGAACUUCCUCAAUACAAAAAUAUUGGACAGUAUAAUACGAAUGAUACUAAUUUCCGUAUCGUCUGCACUGCAUUCGACGGAUUUCUAAUUUUCAACUUGAUCUUACUCGUAUCAUACUUAAUGGGUGAACAACUCCCGAAAAAACUACCUUUUGAAAGGUUCGUUGAGACAGGGCGAGUUGCUUAUGUCAGCAAUGGUCCACACCAGGGUAAACUGGUUACCAUUGUUGACAUCAUUGAUCAAAACAAAGUUUUGGUUGAUGGUCCUACAUCCAACAUCCCACGUGACCAAAUGAGGUUAAGUGAUCUACACCUUACAAAGUUCCGCAUCAAGUUUCCAUUCACCGCAAAUAGUACUAUUGUCAAGAAGGCUUGGGAUGAGGCGGACAUUGAUGGAAAAUGGCAACAAAGUAUGUGGGCAAGGAAAGUUGAAGCAAAGAAGAAGCGUGCGGAACUUAGUGACUUUGACAGAUUCAAGCUUCGCAGGGCUAAGCGUACACGUAAUGUUUUAAGAACUAGUGCUUUCUUCAGAAUAAAAAAGAAGGAAAAGAAACCGAAGGGUUCAAAAUCGAGUUAGCCCACCAAACCUUAAAAGAAAUGGUUAUUUUUAAUUUUCAAGAAUAAAACUUUUAAAACAUAAAGCAUUUUGCAUUUUUAA